GACACGGGUAGUCAGUGCGCACAACAGGAAAAGUUCAGGACACGGGUGGUCAGUGCACACUGCAGGAAUAGUUCAGGACACGGGUGGUCAGUGCACACAGCAGGGACAGUUCAGGACACGGGUGGUCAGUGCGCACAACAGGAACAGUUAAGGACGGUAAGCAGCUUGCAGACCCUCAGCGGCAGGCGGCUCCAGACAGGGACGACCAGCGGUCAGCGUUCCAGGGACAACCAGCGAUCAGCAGACAGCAGCAGCUCCCAGGGCACUCAGCAGCAGACAGCCUCCAGGGACACGCAGCCAUGGAUAGUGUGCAGGGUCCCUCAGCCACAGCUCCCAGGGCACUCAGCAGCAGAC